AUGGUUAAAUGGAAUAAGAUGAGGUCUCACAACAACAAACAAGUGAAAGCCAUGCGUAAACUCCUCAUACUGUAUGCCACUCAGACCGGCAAUGCAUUGGACGCAGCCGAACGUCUUUCUCGCGAAGCUGAACGCAGAGGCUGUCCCGUCAACCUUCUCUCCCUUGAGCAAUAUGACCCUAGUUUGUUACCGCAAGAGCAGGCUGUCAUUUUUGUUGUUUCUACAACAGGCCAGGGUGAUACACCUGAUUCCAUGAAGAAUUCAAUAUGUGCUGAUAGUCUAAAGGCUUUUUGGAGAUAUCUUCUUCAGAGGAGCCUAGGCCGGCAUUGGCUUAAAGGUGUUCUUUAUGCAGUUUUCGGCUUGGGAGAUUCUAGUUAUCAGAAGUACAAUUUUGUUGCGAAGAAGCUAGACAAAAGAUUAAUGGACCUUGGAGGAACAGUUAUUAUAGAAAGAGGUUUGGGAGAUGAUCAACACCCUUCAGGCUAUGAAGCUUCUCUGGAUCCUUGGAUGUCUUCUCUUUGGAGAAUGUUAAACAUGAUUAAACCAGAAUAUUUAUCAAAUGGUCCUGAUGUUGUGGUUCAAGAUACAGUUUUGAUUGAUCAACCCAAAAUCCAGAUCACAUAUCACAACAUUGAAAAUGACGAUUCACAUUUUUCUAGUGCUUCGGAUUUAACAUCUCUUAAUAUUCAAAUUGGGAGUGCUCGAUCAAUGCACCCUGGAAAAGCAUUCUCUGACAGAAGUACACCUGGCUACUUUCUUAAGAUGGUAAAGAAUCUUCCUUUGACCAGAUCAAACUGUGGCAAAGAUGUUCGUCAUUUUGAAUUUGAAUUUGUUUCACAUGCUCUUCAAUAUGAGAUUGGUGAUGUCUUUGAAAUUCUACCUGGUCAAGAUUCAGCUGCAGUUGAUGCUUUCAUAAAACGAUGUAAUUUGGAUCCUGAUUCAUUCAUCACUGUUAGUCCAAAAGAUAUGGAUGAUCACAAUGCACAUGAUUCUAGAAUCCCUGUAAAGUUAAGAACCUUUGUGGAAUUUUCAAUGGAUGUUGCUUCAGCUUCUCCACGGCGCUACUUCUUUGAGGUUAUGAGUUUUUUUGCAACAGCAGAACAUGAGAGGGAAAGACUUAAAUAUUUUGCUUCACCUGAAGGAAGAGAUGACCUUUACCAAUAUAACCAGAAAGAAAGGAGAACUGUUCUUGAGGUGUUAGAGGAUUUUCCUUCUGUACAAAUGCCAUUUGAGUGGUUAGUCCAAUUGGUUCCUCCUCUGAAACCAAGAGCAUUCUCCAUAUCUUCUUCUCAAUCAGCUCAUCCCAAUCAAGUACACUUGACAGUGAAUGUGGUGUCCUGGACAACACCUUACAAGAGGAAAAAGAAAGGACUAUGCUCUUCAUGGCUAGCUGCGUUAGAUCCUUGCGAUGGUGUCCAUGUUCCAGCCUGGUUCCAUAAAGGUUUGCUUCCUGCGCCAUCACCAACACUUCCCCUCAUACUUGUUGGACCGGGAACAGGAUGUGCGCCAUUUCGUGGAUUUGUAGAGGAAAGAGCAGUGCAAAGUAGAACUAACGCCACUGCUCCAAUUAUUUUUUUCUUUGGUUGUUGGAAUGAAGACGGUGACUUUCUGUACCGUGACUUUUGGUUGAGUCAUUCCCAAGAAAAAGGAGUGCUUUCAGAAGCAAAGGGUGGAGGUUUCUAUGUUGCUUUCUCAAGGGAGCAGGCCCAGAAGGUUUAUGUUCAGCAUAAGAUGAGGGAGCACAGGCAAAGAAUCUGGAACCUGUUAUCUGAGGGGGCUGCUGUUUAUAUAGCAGGUUCUUCAACUAAGAUGCCUGCAGAUGUAACAUCAGCUUUUGAAGAAAUUGUAUCUACAGAAAAUGAUGUUUCAAGAGAAGAUGCAGUUAGGUGGAUUAGAGCAUUAGAAAGUUGUGGUAAAUAUCACAUCGAAGCAUGGUCUUAG